CGAUAAGGUCCACCCCUUUCUUAAUGCCUCCAGCACUCAGGAGCAGAGAGCCAAUUGAAAUUAGGAGAGCUCGAGGGGAGGUUGCUUGUGCCGAAUGUCGAAGGCACAAGCUGAAAUGCGAUCGAUCAAUCCCUUGCAGCACAUGCAUACGAAAGGGGUGCCAGGAGAUCUGUCCGAAUGGGACCUUGGCUGGCGUUCAACAACCGCGCCGGACUCAAACGCCCACGGAUGAAGAGACACGUCAACGCAAGCUCACUCAAAUGAGCAAAAGAAUUCGGCAGCUAGAAGACGCACUGCAGAUAUCUCAUAGCUCUGUGUCGACAGUCUCGCACCCGUUGCUCUCUGAAGACCUCUUAGACAUCAAAAGCCUAGGAGAAGAACCCGCAGAAGUCAAGAAGGAAAGCGAUGACGAGGACACUAUUGGCUCAUUCGGCACCUUGGCGGUGUUGGGUACAGGAAUAGAAUCCUACGUUGGCACGGACGCAUUGGUCAUUGAUCGGCUUAGCUCUGCUGAGACGAUUCAUCUGAAAGUGAAUCCAAUCAUCCCACCAUCUAUUUCCCGUGCCAGUGGCACGUUUCCAUUUACGCCUCUUUACCUCCCCACUGAAGAAAUCCAAGCGUCAAUCGAGCAAAGAUUGCCAUCCUUCGAACGAGCGUCUGCACUGAUUGAAGCCUAUCUCGAAAAUAUCUCAUGGUUCUCUCGAGCAGCUGAUCGAGAGCAGAUUAUGGAAGAGCUCAUACCUGAAGUUUAUCGAAGGCGCCGAAGCGCAAACACCAAUAGUAGUAAUACAGCAGAGCCAACACACCCACAUGUACUCUCGCUGCUACUUGCAGUGUUUGCUUGUGGCGCAGUAGCAGAUCUAACCCUUUCGCCGUGGAGUGAAGAGGCCGACGUAUACUAUAAUCUGGCUUGGACGGCUAUUAGUCUGAAGCCUGUUUUUGACGGUGCUGGCAUACACGUAGUGCAAACUAUCGCGCUACUCGGAUCCUACGAUAUUUUCUCGUGCCAGAAGAAUUCGCUUGAAGGGACAUGGAAAAUCAUCAGCUUUUGCAUGUCGCUGGCCUCGAGCAUUGGCUUACAUCGGGAUCCAGCACAUUUCAAACUUCCGCCCAAGCAAGUUCAACGUAGGCGAAAUUUAUUUUGGGAACUUUACUCCCUGGACAUGUGGAGGAGCAUUGGCUCUGGACGACCGAUAGCGUUCACCAUGUCAGUCGUUGACUGUGAAUUUCCGGAAGAUAAGGAUGCCACGCUCAACGAAGAUGGUACAAGGGUUCCUAGUUUGUGGCACAUUCGAUACCGCUUUGCAAGUGAAGUCAUGGCCGGAAUCGUAGAGAAACUUAGCUCCGCACGUCCCUUGAAGUACUCCGAAAUUCUUGUCUUUGACCAGCAGAUCCGUGACUUCGGUCCUCAACAUGUCGUCAACCUGGCCGCAGCAAACGCCAGUGCAUCACACGCAGAGAACGCAAGUAUGACGAGUCUUCUGAAGAAGUGUUUAUUGACUUUACUGAAAGAUGCAUCAUUACUUUUGUUGCAUCGGAAUUUCUUUGUUCGAGCACUGGCCGAGAACCCAUUGAAUCCAAUGAGGAGCCACUUUGCACCAUCGUUCCUAGCAACAUACCGCAGCGCAGCAAAUAUCUUACGUGUUAUACGCGAGCAAUUUGACUCUUGUGGACAUUAUUUGACGAGGGUCUGGCCAAUUUGGGCGCAUGCGCUUUCUGCGACUGUUAUGCUUGGUUCUGUGGCAGCGGGUGGGAUUACAUCCGUUCUUGCGCCUCAAGCGUAUCUGGAGUUCAACCUGGCUUUUGAAAUGUUGACCAAGGUGCAAACGCAUCCUCUUGUCAAGGAAGUGAUGCCGAUGUUGUUACGCCUGCGCGAUCAAGCAGUCCAAGCGCUGAUGAAGAGCUCGGACGUCGUGCCAGAAAGUCGGCCGUUGAUGGUCAACCUACCACCCACGAGAGAAGCAGAGAAGGAGUUCAACGUCGUCAGUGGGAUGGGACGAUUGAUUAGGAAAGGUCUUGAGGAAGGAAGACUUGGCCAUAAUGCGAUAUCCCGACUCAUUGACGAGUUGGGCCCGCCAGCGAGUGGGUCGAGGAGAUCCAUUUGCGCUCAGACAACGUCUGAUUCUUCAAGGGGAUUAUACGACGGAAUUGCUAUUGAUUGCCUUCCUAGUAGGACGGCCUUUGCAACUCCUGAAAGAGAAUCGCGCAGAAGUGGCUCGGAAGGCCUGGAUAGCCCUUUUGUUACUCGAGAAGGGAGCCAGGUUCCAAAUUCAGCGAUUCAAGCAGCAAACGGGACCGAGAGUGCACAAGUGAUGGAUCAUACAUCAGCGUCAUUGCCACCAUCCAGUUCAUCGCGCGGCUCUUCUGAAGGCGGACGUCAUGAACCCGUAGAGCAGCAAAUCCUUCACGGUGGGCACGGAAUGGACGUUGACUACAGUUCGAUUUCUCAGGCUGAUGACUUGACGGCGAAUACACAAGGCGAAGUCGAGCAGAUCCAGCAAAGUACGAGCCGCUCAACGCCCGAUACACCUCUUAACUUCGAUACACUGUCGACGCUUUCGCCAAAUGGGGUGUUUAACACGGAUUUCGACGUGAGCUAUAAUAUGCGUGCUUCGACGGGUGAAGAAAGCGUCCUGCCGCUGUUAUCUGAUGACAUGGACGUAUGGCGCACUAUCCUUCAGGAUUCACGCUUUUUCGGUAUUCCUGCUGAAAUGCCGAAUAGAGCUCAAGAAGAGUGAUAGCAGUAUUAGCUUGGUGUACCUUUCUUUUCAUCGUAUAGACUAUUUAUUGUACUACAUAGAAAAGAACAUUAAAC